UGUGAAUUAUUGUGAUCUAAUAAAAACUUUAGUAAAUUAUAUUAUUAUUUAUUUAGUAUUUACCUUUACCAUCGAUUGAGGAUGUCGUUUUAAAAAAAGGCGUAACCUAAGUUCUUAUUGUGAUAUUAAAAUAAUUCAAAUUAAUAUGAACCCGACAAUUGUUUUACUAUUCUCUGGUAAAAGAAAAUGCGGUAAAGAUUUUAUAACUGACCAUUUACAAGCCAAAUUAGGUGAUAAAUGUGAAAUUAUAAAGAUUUCUUUACCAAUAAAAAGUUACUGGGCGAAGGAAAUGAAUUUAAAUUUGAAUGAGCUACUGAGUGAUGGUGCACUAAAGGAAAACUAUAGACUUGAAAUGAUCAAUUGGAGUGAUAAGAUGAGAGAGAAAGAUUAUGGCUGUUUUUGUAAAGUUGCUUGUGAAAACGCUAAAGGAAAACCUAUAUGGAUAGUGAGUGAUGUGAGACGUGGUACAGACAUACAGUGGUUUAAAGAAAACUAUGGCAAUAAAAUCAAAACUAUUAGGCUUAUUGCUGAUGAAGAUACAAGAAGAGAAAGAGGCUACAAAUUUAAAAGUGGGGUUGAUGAUGUGGCGUCUGAAUGUGGCUUAGAUAAUUAUAGUGGUUGGGACUUAGUUAUUGAAAAUGGCAGGGAUAGAGAUUCAAUAGAAAAACAGCUGGAGAAAAUAAUCUCAUUAAUUUCAGAAUAGUUCUAUUUAUAGGCACAUAUACACUUAUUUUGGUUUUUAGGCAAACACAUGGGAUAUUGUAUAUAGCUAACUUAUAAAUGUUAGUAUUAACCAUAUUAAAAAUUAUAUGUAGCUCACUAAUAACUGUAUAAUUUUUAAUAUGGAUAUAAGUUAUAAUAUAUAUUAUUAUAUUAUUAAUAUAUUAUUACAUAUAAGUUAUAAUUGAUAUAUUUAGACAUUUAGGCUGAUUAAUUUCAACUUGGUAUUUAUUACAGUAUUCAUCCUACUAAAAUUAGGUAUUAUUAAAUAAUUAACUAAAAUUAUAAGUACAACUUAUUUUUAUCUUAAUCUGCUUGAUUUAGCUGCAAUAGAAUGCUAAUGACAUGUUAAUAAUUGCAUAACUAAAUAGAUUUCUUAUUGUUGUAAUUUAACAUACAAACAAUGCAACAUUAUACUUAAGUUAAAAAAAUUACUGAUUGUACAUACUUCAGUUGUGCAAAAGAUAAUUAACAUAAUUUAGUUAAGCCUUUUAUAAAAUGAUCAUCACAUAGCAUCAAAUUAACAUGUUAUGUGAAUCAGUCUGAUGUUGUAAAAUCUCGAAAUGUGUACCUGAAAAAUUUCACCUCGUAUCUCUACUUAGGCUAAGCUUAUUUGAUAUAAUGUAUCGAGUCUUAUGAAUCUUUUGGUUUUGCAGGGUAUUAUUUAAUAAUUAUAUUAGUUUAUGAGACUGUUUUUGUUGGGACAUUUUGAUAAAUAUAAACAUAACAUUUUU